CAUACCACACAUGUUAGGGCAAAUCAUUUCAGCCUCCCAAAUCACAUCUAUCUCUAUUCUCGUUCUCAACUCUGAACUUGCCCUCUCUCUGUCUCUGCAACUGCAAACUACAAAAUCUACAAGAAUCAAAUCAGCCUCCCAAAUCGCCCCCAUCUUUAUUGUCGUUCUCAGCUCUGAACUUGCCCUCUCUCUGUCUCUACAACUACAAACUACAAAAUCUACAAGAAUCAGAACCCAUAUUGGCAUAUCAUUUCAGAUUGUUUAAAAAAUUAAAACCCAUAUCCUUCAGUUUCCAUCGCCUACUGUUCCAGUUCGGGUUCGCCAUUCGAAAGAUUUAGCCUCAGGCCUGUUGUCUCUCAACUCUCAAGCCCUCUCUACUCUCUCAUAAGGAUAACGUUGAGUAACAACUUGAAGAUCAGCAAUUGACCAAAAUUACAGAACUCUACAGAUUGUAGGGGGGAGAUAACAGCUAACUUUCGCUCUCUCCCUCAAGCUAAUACAAGCAAGGAUGCAGACUUAUGGAUCCCAACAGACACAAAACACAUGAUCACUGGGAAUGGUGCUCCCUGAUGUCAAGUACUUUACAGAAGCUUCAGUUGCUGCCUUGCGAAUAUUUAAUAGGAUUGACCGGAUUCCUGAAAUCGAUGGUGAAGACUAAGGUGGGUGAAAGAGGGUCUCUUUUAUUAGGUGGACAAAAGCAGCGGAUUGCCAUUGCUAGAGCUAUCAUUAAGAACCCUGUGAUUUUACAAGGCACUUAUCCCGAAAAUAAGCUAAAUCAGCCAAAUAAGAGCAGAAAUAAAGCAAUUCUGGGAUAAAUCAAAGAAAGGAGCCAAGUGGAAGCAAAAGGAAGAAAAAGGUGGAAAUCAACAUCUUCGAUCGAUCUUAACACUUCAAGAUGGAUCAGAGCUAUGAUGACAUUUUCAGAGAUCUCAAAAGUUCGAUCGAUCCAACACCAUUCUUCGAUCGAUCGAACUACCUUGUCAUUAUUUAAAUGAUUGAUCUUAUCUAGUUGUACCACCCUACCAACCACUUUUGUCCUUUUCCCAAAAAUAUCUUGAAAAUAUCUUAGAUUUGUCUUUAUCCAAAAAGAGCCACCAUUGAGGAUCGAUCCAACUUCAGUUCGAUAGAUUUCAGUCAUGUUCGAUCGAUCAAAGUCCAAGGUUCGAUCGAUCGAACUUCCUCCAGUGCGAAAAAGUUUAAUCUCCAGCUCACCAAAAGUUGUCAUUUAUCCAAUCAUUGGGGAAUAUUUUAUGCACGACCCCAGCUCAUUUUGGGUGUCAUUUGACCUGCCUAUAUAAGGAUAAGGAUUACUUUUUACACAAUAAAACAUACCACCUCAUAUCAUAUCAUCUCAUAUCGUGUAAGAACUCUUGGAGAGCAAUCUUAGAGGAGAAGGAGGCUAGAGACACCAUUGGAGACUCUUCAUCAACCAAUGAGCAAAUCUCUACCAUAGAGUUAGCCCUUGAGGGUUGGAGAAGCACUACCAUGAGUGACUAGAGUUAGCCCCAAACAUGCUUUCUACAUCUUGAUUUUGUGUAUUAUUGAGGGAUUAGUGUUCUAAUACAUGUUUUGACACUUUUAUAUAUAUAGAUCUUGUUUAUUCAA